AUGUUACUACCAAUACGAGAAGGAGUAAAGCCUGGAAUUGCUUCUAAUCCUAGCAAAAGACAUCGUGAACGAUUGAACAGUGAAUUGGAAAUUGUUGCUGCAUUAUUACCGUAUGAACAAAACGUUAUUUCAAGGUUAGACAAACUUAGCGUAUUACGAUUAGCUGUUAGUUAUCUGCAAAUUAAAGCACAUUUUCAAGGUUAG